AUGGCUUAUUCGGUCGCAGUCCUUUUCCUGGCUUGUGUGACGACUCUCCUUCGCGGCCUCGAGGCCUCCCCGUGCCCUCCGCUUCCUGUGCCAAGCAACGCCACCGAGUUCUCCUGCUCCUCCCCGUCUCUUCAGGAGUUCCCGACAGGCUUCCCCGAGGGGACUCUGCUCAUCUCCGUCGAGUUCACCAACAUCUCCCAGAUUGGCGCAGAUGCGCUCGUGGGCCUCCACAAACUGCAGGAGCUUCACCUCUCCAACAACAAGCUGAGAUCUCUUCCCGGCGGUCUCUUCCGUGACCUCCCGGACUUGGCCGCUCUGGAUCUCACCCGCAACCUCCUCGAGGACCUGCCUCCAGGGAUCUUCCAGAACUCCAGAGCCCUGAGGCAACUGUCUCUCCACGAGAACCAGUUGGCCACCCUGCGGCCAUCUUGGUUUCACCCCUUGCGUCAGCUCGACAUGCUCGAUCUCUCCCACAACCAGUUCAAGGACGUGCCCCCCUUCUGCUUCGGCCGGCUGGCGAACCUGACGAACCUGGAUCUCUCCUUCAACUUCCUCUGCACUUUGGCUCCCCAAAUUCUUGAAGGACUACCCCGUCUAGAGAAGCUGGUCCUGGAAGGUAACCAUCUCCGGUCCAUCGUGGACGGGGCCUUCCAGGGUGUUCCAAGCCUGAAGUUUCUCUUCCUCCAAAACAACACUUUGGCCAGUCUCCCGGCGGGGCUCUUCGAGCCGCUGAACCACCUAACCCUGUUGGACGUCUCCCACAACAAGCUUGCCUCGUUCGCGGCGAAGUUUUCGAGGCAGGCGACGGAGCUCGGUCUCGAUCUGUCGGGCAACCCCUGGGCGUGCGACUGCCGCAUGAACGCUCUGGUGACCUGGCUGAAGCGAUAUUCCGUCUCACUCUGGGCUGAGAAAGAAACCAUCUGUGCCAGCCCAAAGUACCUGGAAGGUCAGGUGGUAACGUCUCUCGCCCCUGGCAAAUUUGGCUCCUGCUGA